UUGACUUCAUCACAAGACAACGAACAAUCACGUUCAUCACAAGACAGCCAACAACCAUGUCCAUCACAAGUCGGCCAAACAUCACAUUCAUCACAAGACAACCACCGAAAACCUUCAUCACAAGACAACGAACGAUCACGUUCAUCACAAGACAACCAACAAUCACCUUCAACACAAGACAACAAAAUAUCACCUUCAUCACAAUACAACGAACAAUCACCUUCAUCACAAGACAACCAACAAUCACCUUCAACACAAGGCAACGAAAAAUCACGUUCAUCACAAGACAACCAACAAAAACCUUCAUCACAAGACAACCAAAAACUACCUUCAUCGCAAGACAACCAACAAUUACAUUCAUCACAAGACAACAAACAACAACCUUCAUCACAAGACAACCAACAACCGAUUUCAUCACAACACAAUCAACGACCACCUUCAUCACAAGACAACCAACAACCACGUUCACCACAGGACAAUCAACAACCACGUUCAUCAGAAGACAACAAACAACCUCUUUCAUCACGGGAAAAUCAACAACCACCUUCAUCAAAAGACAACCAACACCCAACUUCAUCACAUGACAACCAAAAAUCACGUUCAUCACAAGACAACCAACAAUCAUCUUCAUCACAAGACAUCCAACAACCACGUUCACCAAGGGACAACCAACAAUCACGUUCAUCACAAGACAACCAACACCCACCUUCAACAUCUGACAACCUGCAACAUCGUUUAUAACAAAACUAUCAAAACCCGACUUCAUCACGGAAAAACCAAGAACCACCUUCAUCUCACGACAACCAACACCCACAUUCAUCACAUGACAACCAGUAACAACCUUCAUCACAAGACAACCAACAACCGACUUAAUCCCUGGAAAAUCAACAACCACCUUCAUCGCAAGACAACCAACAACUGACAUCAUAACAAGACAAACAACAACAACAACCUUCAUCACAAGACAAAGAACAACCGACAUCAUCACAAGACAACCAACAACCACCUUUAUCAAAAGACAACAAACAACCACCUUUAUUACGAGGCACCCAACAACCAUAUAUAGCAUUAAAGGACAGCCAACAACUACUGUAUCUAUGUUACAGGGCAACAGACAACCAUCUUAAUCACAUCACAGGGCAACAGACAACCAUCUUAAUCACAUCACAGGGCAACAAACAACCAUCUUAAUCACACCACAGGGCAACAGACAACCAUCUUAAUCACAUCACAGGGCAACCAACAACCAUUUUAAUCACAUCACAGGGCAACCAACAACCAUCUUAAUCACAUCACAGGGCAACAGACAACCAUCUUAAUCACAUCACAAGGCAACCAACAACCAUCUUAAUAACAUCACAGCGCAACCAACAACCAUGUACAUUUCAGGGCAGCCAAUUACACACAUCUAGAUCACAGGGCAACUAACCACCAGAUUGUGAUAUUAUACAAUUGUUUCAUGGCUAUUUGGGGAACAGU